AAUGAAUUUGAAUUGAAUCUUAUACGGCUUGAAUUGAAUUUGAAUUGAAUGAAAGAAGGUUGAGGUAGGUAGGUACUAGGUAAUCCCAGUAAUUCAGGUUGACAACUUGAGUGUCGACUUGAUAGACUGAAGAAGAUGACCAAUUCAAAUUUGAUAUUGUCGUAAUUUUGGGAGGCCAGGUGCCAAAAAAGGCCAAAUUGAAAUGGGCAGGAAGAUUGUCUACUGUAUAAUGUGGCGUGUGGUUCUGAUUUCUGAAAAUGAUGGCCUUUGCUUGAUCAUAAAGCAGGUUGGCUUAACAAUCUUCAGGGUUUGUUGUGGGAGAGGAAAACAAAUGCUUUUCUUACUAAGAUUAAGAUCUGAGCAUCCUGCAUCAUGAAGCCUCUACACACCUGAAAAAAUCAGUUGUACUACAUUAGAAGUUGAAGCCAGCCAGCUAGUCUCCAGAUCCCACCACAGCUGUCUGCUGAGCUACUCCAGCCAUGCUGCCUCCCUCUCCUCCGCCCGGCACUAACGGCACCACCGGCAGCGGCGGGAGGAACAGCAAUGGAGAGCUGCGUCCCCUGCAGGCGGUGCUGGCCGACUCCGCCAACGGCGGCGUCGUGCCCGUGGUCGUGCCGGCUGACGAGGUGGAUGCCCUGCCGGAGAAGAUGCAGUACACCUACAAGGACCUGGCAGUGGUGUUGCUGUCCAUCGUCAGUUUCCUGGUGGACACGGGGACGGAUGUGUGGGUGGCGGUACACUUCUACAGGACGGAGAGGAUGUAUGAGUUCGCGCUGACGCUCGUGUUUAUCCUGGUACCGGCACUGACCAUGACCGGCUUCAGCUUGCGAUGGUAUCUGAACGACGCGGACCAGGGCGGCGGCGGCGCUGAACAGACCGAUUGUCCCGGCUCGCCGUCACCCACCCGGCCCCGAGUACCGAUGUGGAAGUGGAUCCUGCGCAUCAUCUGCCUGACGCUGCAGCUCGGGCCGCUGCUCAGGUAUAUCGAGGCCAUGGUCUACGGCAUCAAGAGCAUGCGCGCCAAGCGGGCGGGCGACCGUGCGGGCCACAUCAAAAACUACAUCUACAUGAUCUACAAGGACGCGGACGCCACACUGUUGCGACUGUUCGAGUCAUUCAUGGAAUCGGCCCCGCAGUUGGUACUUCAGCUGUACAUUUUGGCCAGUGAGCACAAUCGCUUCAAGCCGUCGGAGCCGCUGAACAUCACCCUACAGGUAGCGGCGGUGGGUACCAGCCUGUUCUCCCUGGCCUGGUCUCUGUGCAGCUACCAGCGCUCGCUGCGCUACAGCCUUCCGGCCAAGAACAACCUCUCCACGCCGGCCACCGUGGUGCUCUUCUUCUGGCACUUCUGCAGCAUCGGCUCACGAGUUUUGGCCAUCAGUCUGUGCGCCUCGCUCUUCCCCGUGUACGUGGCCAUCGGACUGGUCACCCACUGGGUGCUCAUGACCAUCUGGCUCAUCUGCCAAAAGACCCAGGCGUGCUACACUAAGUGCGAGGAGAUGCUGUUUGUUCUCGUCCUGGGCGCCGUCUACAUCUUCACCUUCUUCAACGUCAAGGACCAGACGACGCGGCUCAAGUAUACGCUCUACUACCUGCUGUGUUUUGCCGAGAACACGGCGAUGAUCACUCUGUGGUAUCUGAACGCAAACCGUACACUCUGGUGGUAUCACCCCGGAUUGGCGGCUCAGGUGAUACUCUUUGCUCUAGCCGUGUCGUGUAUGCUGGCCUACUACUGUCGGCUUCACCCGAGCCGCGGCCGAGAGGAACCCUCGGGCAUCUGUGUCACUGGACAGGUGUGCCGUGAUGCUACUCUCGCCCAAAAGUACGGAGCGAGAUUAGAAGAGUGGGCCGGUAACCGCAGUCGCGGGGAGACGCCCACGUGUAGUAUCCAGCAGCCGGCGGAGGGCGAGGAGCGUUCCGAAGCGGAGGACGGAGCGGCGCAGAGACAGUCCCCGCCGCCGGCUGUUGUGGUGGCCGGUGUGCCGAUUCACCAGAACGGAAACACACUAUGACCCGGGCGCACGCCGACGCUCUAGGGCUCUGAGGCUCUGAGGAUGAUGCGACGUGACGUGACGGUUGCGAUGCGUAACGUAAUGUGACUGCGGGGCGGCCGUCACGCGGUACGUAUUGUGAAGUGAUAGGACGUGCGAUCACAACGAAUGGACAAGUCGGUCGCUGGCUCGGCAGUGCGACGGCCAUCCGUAGCUGGCGCUAGUUUCGGUGCAGAAGUUGUCAGCAGAUGUCGCUGGCGAACUCCGUCGGCAAGCGCGCUGCUACGGUGGGUGGUAGAACUCUGGACUCCGUCGUGACGGGACGCAGCGGUACCGGCGGUGGCUGCGGAGUCACUGAAGGGCUUUAACGCGGCGCGUUACACAUACCUCACUGUGAAGUACGUAAGAGUCCGUCCUGGCCCGAGGCGGGGGCCGGUGCGGCGGUCCGGACGAUCCCAGUCGUCAGCCUGUCAUGAAUUCACAGAUGUAAAUUCAGAUCGCAGAUCGCAUACUUUUGCCGAUGUCGUCGUAUUUGGUUCAUCGCUGUUCCCCCGGGCCGGUUGUCAGGAUUUAGGUAAAUAGGCUAACGUUUAAAAGCUGCACAGUACCUGGGGCUCACAGAUAUUCAUCGAAGCUAUUGGUGCUUUCGAUUCUGCUUUUGCGGAAAUUCAUAAGUUAUUAUCGGCGAAGUUGUCUGGCUUGCUUCAAGUUCUCGUCUUCCGGCUGUGCAUUCAGACUCAAUCAAAACAUGCCUGGGCCAUUUGUAUAUUGCUUACAUUGCACCAUCCCACAUGUUUAAUUUAUGCAAACUCUUACCAUCAAGAUUCGUCCCGGUAGGGUAUUUGAACAGGGUAUUAUAUCCACCACUUCUGCCAGUUCUCUUUUCACGCUGCCAGUUAGUUAUCCAAAGAUAUAUUUAACCAAUCCCAUCCACGCAUUUCGUAUUCUCAUCUUUCUUAUAGAUCACCCGUUCCUGUUUUUCGCUUCUAAGCUGUUACGAAGUCUGAUGUGACAGCCUUCCAUCCCAGGGAUGUUAUCUCGCCAGCCCCUUUCAGGUGUGUUCACAAACCCGAGCGGUUGUGCCGCUAUUCACGCGUAUGUAGAUCGCGUCGCUUUACCGUUGGAACACUACACUACCGCCUUGCUGGGAUAAAAUUGCACCGCUGUGGUGCUAUUUUAUCGCUGUUGAUUACAACUGUACCGCUAGUGUAUCGGUAACUGCAAGGUACCACCAUGGUGCCGCUACAGCUUUUGUGGUAACUAUCGCAUCAAGCAGCUGACUACAGUAGCAUGCUCACCGUUUAUGGUACACACUGCUGUGGUAUCCCGUGCUUUGUCUACUCUCAGUACACCCCGGUGAUAAAGCAUUCAGUACCUGUCGCGUUGCGCUUGCUGUGCACCCCUCCCCCCAUAUAUCCCCCGACUUGGGGAACGAUAUAUCAACGCUCCGAUAAACUGGCGUAUCGCCGUUAGCGUAUUUUGGAUGAUCACAAACUAGGCUGGCUAGCAUUCAGAUCUGUAGCGACGGUGUGGCUAGCUCUGAGAGCUUGAUGGGAUGGCUACGCUAGCGAUAACUUACUGUCAGUUCGCAGUAGUUUUCCGUGCCACGUCACGAGGAUUAGUCUCACGUAUAGUAUGAUAUUGUUUCCACCGGGCAUAUGUGAUAGUUUUAUGUGGCCAACAGAGCGGUUGCUCCGUGUGGUGCUGCAUGUGUUCGUUUUAUGUGUUCGAAUAUCACAGUUAUUCGUGCAUGUUUUGUGUGUUAUGUAACGCGCACCGAUUGGAUGUUUGGGAACGAGGAGCUGUGAAAGACCGGUUUCGCGAUUGUGGUCGAAACUGCUACUGAUUGAUGUAGUUUCGAUGGGUGUCGGAUGAAAGCGAGUGAGCUGUUUAAAGUUGUAGUAGCUGAUCGCUUUGUGGCGUUUUGUUUAUCGAUAGAUAAACGGGACAAAUGUGUUCCGUGUAUGUAUAUCGUUCACUCAUGGUUGGAUGAUAUUGAUCAAACUGAGACCAAACCAUGUAUGUCAGCGGGACGCUUGCAUGAAUAAAUAGUUUGGAAAUAAAA